AUGAGGGCUGGCUGUAUACCAGUAGUAAUCGGCUACGAUACUGAGCUACCAUUCUUCGAGAAACUUGACUGGACAAGCUCGACCCUUCGCAUGAAGAAAUUUGAUCUGGACUAUAUGCUUAAUGUCAUAAGUCAUUUGUCAUUAAGCGAAGUAGACUUGCUCCAAACCCACGUUCGGCAUUUCUUCGAUUCGCGUUUCUCCUCAAUCUCAAAGAUUGUGUCUUCUACACUAGACAUUGUGAACGAACGCGUCUUUCCUAACUUAGCAAAAUCUUCAGCUGCCUGGAACGACCCCGAUUUUUCUGAAGUAUGCAUUUCUUUAUAUUCGCCUCUUUAUUGGAAUUUACCCUUUACUUUGCUGUAG